UAAAACUGUUCAGAACUAGUUCAACACAAAUGGACUCCACAACUGGGAAAACAGGCAGGGUCUACCUACGGCCACGCAAAUCUGGAAAAAAAUGGAAGCCUGUGUGGUUGACCUUGGUCCCUCCGAGCAGCAGUGGAGUUGGACGCCUGGAGAUACAGGAUCAAGGAGGUUCACUGGAGGGGCCCGGUCGGAGGAGGCACCAGGCUCUGGGAGACAAGAAACCUAAAAUCAUCCGACUGUCUGAGCUGCUCAAUGUGCUGAAACUGCCCCCCAAUGCAGAGGCCUGUCCCAUGGAGAACAUGUGUGCGUUCUGUGUGGAGACUCAGGACAGGACUCUGGUGUUUGCUGAUCUCAAAGAUGACUGCGCAGAGUGGGUGGACAAACUCUGUCACAAUACAUUUCAGUUUCAGAAAACUAGUGUCCCAGAGCUAAAGCCUCAAAUGGAGGAGAACGCCAUUUACGCCUCAGCAGACGAUGUAUCAGAUUUCCGUGUGACGGUGCAGAGGACAGAUGCAGCUGUGCGGUGUGGCCUGCAGGGGGGGUACUGGCUGCACGUGGGUCGUGAGUCGCUGCUGCUCAAAGACGCACAAAAAAGCAAAGUGCAGGAGUGGCACUACGAACUGCUCCGGAGAUACGGGAAGGACAAGGGCUCGUUGUCCAUAGAAACAGGCCGACGUUGUGACUGUGGUCCAGGCACCUUCAUCUUCGAGACCUCCCAAGCUGAAAACAUCUUCAGCUUAAUCCAAUCCACCAUCAAACGCAAGACCACGAACACGGCGCCCUCCGCUGGACACGUUUUGGAAGUGGACAAAUCUAUGCCCGUGAACAGACAGGCCCACUCCCCUAUACUCCCCAGAACCCCCGAGUUUAACAGCAUGUCCUCCAUCUUUGAAAACAAACUCAAAAUGGACAACGAAGAGGUUAUUACACCAUCGCAUCCAGCCCCGAUAACGUUAAUGCCCCUGCCUUCACUCCCCACACAAGAAAUUAGAUCUAAAAGUGCGAUGGACAGUGUUUACGCUGAUCCACAAGAAUGCAUGAAAUCUCCAGAAGUUAGCCUGGGUUUGUACGUGGAUCCUGCAAGCAUACUGCCGCUAACACCACCCGUAAACGCGGAACCUAGCCAGAACAAGCUACAUUCAGUCUACUCAGAGGUGUUUGAUAAAGUUAGCAUAAAGUCUCAUAGCGCUGAGAAAUGUGAGCAUGAUGAUCAUAUCUACAGUGAGCCGGUGAAAGGGAUGGCGGAAAAGGAGGAGGAGAAGAAAGAGGAAGACGUGAAGAAGGUGGAUCCGUUUGCUCACCUGUACGCGCAGGUGUGCAAAACAAACAAACGUGCCGCGUCGCCACAGCCAAAAAAAGAGGAGACAGAAAAGAAAGAGGCUGAGGUUGUUUAUGAGAAUCUGGGAAUUAUUUAAAGGGUCCAUAUUAGUCUGUUUUCUGAUCUAUUUUAUAAUGUUGUUUCCUCAUCAAAAACAUACCUGGAACAAACACUCUGUUCCACCUUGUAAUGUCAUGUGAUAAUACGGGAAGUGCUCCACAGUGUUUUUAAACUCCACACACCUUCACUAAAAUCAUUUAGAUGAUUUCAGCCAUGGAUUCGCCAAUCUCCACUAAACAAAAGCUAAAAUCUAGCUGUUAACUUGAAAACUGAAACUUCAUGACAUCAUAAGGUGGAACAGAGCAUUUGAGCUUUGAGGAUGUAGACAGAGUUAUAAUACAGAGUUACUCAAACGUGUGAAAGAAACUAAACACAACUCCAGGUCUGUUUUUGAUGAUGUAACAACAUUCUAACAUGGCUUAAAGCUCACAAGAGGAUCUCUAAUAAUAGGUACUUUCACUUGAUAUGUGACCAAAUGAACACUAUGCCCAAAGCUUGGAGAAUAGGGAUAAAAGGGAACUAAAACAAAAGUUCUAAACCAGAAAAAGAAACAAGACAAUGCCAUAUUUAAACCAGGACAGCAAAUCAAAACAAAACUAGACCAGGACUAAACCAGGAUUAAAUGAUUUCUCAACCAGAACAAUAUAUUUUCUGGAAAAGAAUUAAACCAGGAUUUAAGCAGAUUCAAACCAAGUCUGAAGUGGGUUGCUCUAAAUACGGAUUACUCAAUUUUCAAAAUUUUUUUGUUGUAUUUUUAAUGUUUUUAUUCGGAGGUCCACACCUGCUUGUCUCCAGAUAUUAUUACAUGUUAUGAUAAUGACAUUAAACUUACAUCGUGCGACCAGGUUUAAUAUUUAUGUCCAGUGAAUUUGAGCACCUUGUCUUGCUUUUUAAUGAGGCAGAACUUUCCAAAUGAAUACAUGUUCAGUAUUUUUAAAACCUUUGUUAUGUAUAUUGUAUUUAUGCUGUCUGACUUUCUCACCUCUAAGUCCUUGUGAAUUGCUUUAAAAAUAUUGGGAUAUUUAAAUGAAUGGACAAAUUGUUAUGCACUUUUAUGCACAAAAUAGACUUUUAAAGUUUUAAAAAACUUUUUUAUGUUACAAUAGUGAUAAAAGUAUUGUUAUCUAUUCCUUUUAUAAAACACUACAAAAGCAGGA